AACAGAGAAGAAAAAAAAUUCUUCAAGCAAGUAAGAGGAUGUCUUCCUUUCUGAUUUCGCGUAGGCUCUCCUCUAAGCUGUUAAAACUCUCUCCUUCUUCUCUUGUUUAUUCUCAUUUCAUCUCUCAAGAAACCCAAAUCCAUGGCUUUACAUUCUGUCCUCAGUCACAUUCCUCCAUUUCCCCAUUUUCCCACCAGCAAAACCCCUUCAAUCAAAAUACCCUGUCAAAGUCGAGACUCUUUUCAGCAUUUAUAGGAGAGAGAGCCCAAAUCCCUGAUGUGAAGAACAAGGAAAUGACUCCACAAAGAGCAGCGAAGAUGUCUUCUUUUUUUAUAUCACCAAGGCUCUCUUCUAAGCUGGUAACACUCUCUCCUUCUUCUUCUGUUCCUUUUCAUUUCACCUCUCAAGAAACCCAAAGCCAUGGCUUUAGAUUCUGUGCUCAUUACUCCAUGUCUCCAUUCUCUCAGCAGCAAAACCCCUCCACUCAAAAUAAACAUGGUUUUACCCUGUCAAAAAUGGAAACGUCGAGAUAUUUUUCAACAUUUAUUAGAGAGAGAACCCAAAUCCCUGAUGUGAAGAACAAGGAAAUGACUUCAACAAAACCCUUGAGUUCAAGUAUUUAUACCCAUAUAACAAAUCAAAAACCUAGAUAUUUGUCAAGCUCUUCAGAUCCUGAGAAAUCCCAAAAUGAUCCAAGCAAACUACCCAGUUUCAAGCAUCAAGAAACAGAAAAGCGUGAUGAGUCCUCAGAAGCUCUUGCGAGGUGCGUGAUGAAGAAAAUAUUUUCGGGGACCAAAAUUUUGUUUCAUAUGGUACAACUUCACAUUGGGCUUCAUGCUUUGAUUUUUUAUAUGGCGGAAGGAACUAUACCAAUACUAGAAGUGUCUCUAUUAUCUGGCAUACUUCUUUCGUUUAUUCAACUAGACAAAUUAUUACAGUUUGAGAUAUUGUCGCGGGAAGGUCAAAUCGAGAAGCUUUGGCUGGCAAAGUUUUUGCUUUUCCUUCUACAGCUUACGUUGGUGAUGUUGGGUAUUGUUUUGGUUUUCAAAGUUGUUGUUCUUAUGGCGUUGCUGGGAAUGGAUGUCUGAGAGAAACUUCGCCUCAGUAUUAGUUUUAUUAUUGUUAAUUUAAUAACUUUUUUAAUUAGGAAAUUGGAGUAUGGAACCACUGGACUAAGCUGGCUAGGCAGUUUUGUCAUUGUUAAUUGACAGGACUGAGAAUGGAUGUUAAUGGAGUCUCUCUUAUCUAUGGAUAUUUUUCUCUUUUUGUUA